AUGUCUUCCGUCGAAAACGAGCUCGCCGCCCUGGAAUCCGCCACCGGACAGCAGCGGAGCACGGGUUACAAUGAUUUUCUGAAGCGCAUCAUAUCAUCCGAGCAAGAUCAGCAGGGCAACCUCGUACGCUAUGUUCAAAGCAUCACAUCUGACAAUAUCGGCGUCAUUGUGUCUCGACCACUCCUCUCUGCUUUCGUGGAGCAAUUCCGAGCUCUGACAGACAACACUCUCAAGAUCGAGGCAGGAACACAAAUAGUAGACCUCCUCGCACCAAAGAUUGUUUCAUUCGAGCAACAAGACACCGAACUCAAAUUCAUCCUCGCCGACGCCCACGAGGCCGAAGACGACUUCCGCGCUUCCGCCAAGACCCUAGAAACCAUCUCCCUCGAAUCAUCCCAGCGCGCUGUGACCGAUGACCAGAAAGCCAAAAUCAUCUUCUCAGUCACCGACCAAACCACCCGCCUUCAAUUCCAACUCUCCCAAGCACGUAUCAGCGACUCACAGCGCGCUUUCCUCGAUGCCUCUGCUGCAUAUCUUGCCCUCUCAAACGAAGCCAUUAUCGACGAGGAUGAACGCCUACGAGCACUCUCAAGCGCUAUCACCUGCGCCGUUCUCGCUCCGGCCGGACCUCUCCGCGCUCGUCAGCUGGCCAAACUCUACAAAGACGAACGCACGUCAUCGACGCCAGAGUUCAGUAUCCUGGAGAAGAUCUUCCUUGACCGCAUCCUCGCACCCUCAGAAGUCGCAGCGUUUGCCGCCAAUCUCGAAUCACAUCAAUUGGCCAAGACGUCCGAUGGAAGUACUGUGCUCGACAAGGCAGUGCUUGAGCACAAUCUCCUCGCCGUAUCUCGAAUCUAUUCGAACAUAUCAUUCCAGAACUUGGGUGCGUUGCUGGGUGUCGAUGCGGACCGGGCGGAGGUCUAUGCUUCGGCAAUGGUGGAGAGCAACCGCUUAUCGGGAGCGAUCGAUCAGAUUGAAGAGGUCAUUCACUUCAACACCAAGGGCGGGAACAGUUCGAAGAUGGACCUGAGAGCAUGGCACAACCUCGCAGAGGAGGUCGAGAAGGUUGCAACAAUGAUCCAGCGAGAGGAGCCCGCCUGGUACGAGCAGCAUGUUGGCGCUUGA